AUGGAAGGAUCCUGGUCCGACAUUUGUCGCCAAUGCGUCACUGCUGUGGUUGAUGUUCCGCCUGUGAUUUUAUUAGCUGCCUUUCUUGCUACUACCCUUGGUCUAUUUGUUCUGUUCUAUUUCCUGCUAUUCAUUAUCGCACCAGUCCCCCGCGCCCCCCUCCCAGAAGAAAAGAAGUAUAGAACGCUAGCGAAAGAUGGAACCGUUACCAAAUCCGAGGCCCUACCAUGCUGGAUCGACGCCCUAGACCUCGAGAAACGAACCCAUCGAACUUCGAAAAACAUUGAAGCAGCAGAGCUAUUCAUGUCCGUCGUAGUCCCGGCCUACAACGAAGAAGAUCGACUCGAAGGGAUGCUCGAAGAAGCCGUCAACUACCUAGAACACAUGUACGGGACAGCUAGCGAUGGCUCCGUAGAAACCCGCUCCCUGCGAAAUCGGAAGCCGGUCUCAAACGGUCACACCAGCUCAUCGGACCGAGGUUGGGAAAUCAUCAUUGUCUCAGACGGUUCAACAGACCGCACUGAGGAAGUGGCGUUCCGCUUUGCGAAAGAUCAUCAGCUCUCUUUACAUCCCAAGGGCUCCGCGGGUCCGUGGACUCCGCAGGCGGGAGAAGGCGUGCAUAUCCCGCCUGGUACGAUUCGCGUGGUCAAUCUGACACAUAACCGUGGAAAGGGCGGUGCGGUCACGCAUGGAAUGCGCCAUGUUCGUGGAAAGUACGUUGUAUUUGCGGAUGCGGAUGGCGCGAGCAAGUUCGGCGAUCUGGGGAAGCUGGUAGCAGCGUGUUCGGAGAUCGAAGAUGCCGACGGGCGUGGUGUGGCUGUUGGAUCGCGCGCGCACAUGGUUGGUAGUGAAGCUGUGGUACAGCGAUCUAAGCUGCGCAACUUCCUGAUGCACUCGUUCCAUUUGAUCCUGUGGCUUAUGACGCCUCCUCGGACCGCCACGGUGAAGGAUACACAGUGUGGAUUCAAGCUCUUCUCGCGCGCUGCGCUGCCCUAUAUCGUGCCGUAUAUGCACUCCGAGGGCUGGAUAUUCGAUGUCGAAAUGCUCAUGUUGGCCGAGUUCGCCGAUAUUCCCGUUGCCGAGGUUCCAGUGGGCUGGAGAGAGGUCAAGGGAAGCAAAUUGAAUGUCCUGCGGGACAGCAUUGGCAUGGCCUGGGGACUGGCGCUGCUUCGAGCUUCUUGGUCACUGGGUAUCUAUAAACAGACAUGA